AGUAACACACCUUUAUUGGACACCCACUCUGAGCAAAAUGUCUUGGGAUUAUUUUGGAUUUUCCCGCAUCAAGAGAAACAAGGAAAAUUCAACUGGAUCGGCUCUCAAUAAUGCAGCAGACAUCUCCGUUAUUGUUGUUUACUUUGCAGUUGUCCUGCUUGUGGGAGUAUGGGCUAUGGUGCGCACCAAUCGAUCCACUGUGGGUGGCUUCUUCCUCGCAGGGAGGAGUAUGGUGUGGUGGCCGAUCGGCGCCUCACUCUUUGCUAGCAACAUUGGCAGCGUCCACUUUGUAGGGAUUGCUGGUACUGCUGCUGCUGCUGGCAUUGCCAUCUGUGGAUUUGAAUGGAACGCUCUCGUUCUUAUGGUCAUUCUCGGAUGGCUGUUUGUACCAAUCUACAUCAAGGCAGGGGUGGUCACCAUGCCCGAGUAUCUGAAGAAGAGGUUCGGAGGACAGCGUAUUCGUAUUUAUCUCUCCGUGCUCUCCCUCUUGCUGUACGCUUUCACUAAGAUCUCUGCCGACAUGUUCUCUGGAGCCAUUUUCAUCCAGCUGGCUCUUGGUCUGAACAUCUACGUUGCUGUUAUCGCUCUACUGGCAAUUACUGCGCUGUACACCAUCACAGGUGGACUGGCUGCAGUGAUGUACACAGACACCUUACAGACCGUCAUCAUGCUUAUUGGAUCCUUCAUUCUCAUGGGUUUUGCUUUCAACAAAGUGGGAGGCUAUGAAAAUAUGAAGGACAGGUACAUGGCUUCAGUUCCCUCAAUCACCGGUAACAUCAGCGCAGAGUGCUACCAGCCUCGGGAAGACGCCUUCCACCUGUUCAGGGACCCAAUAAAUGGAGACCUCCCCUGGCCUGCACUUACAUUUGGACUCACCGUUCAGACCAUCUGGUACUGGUGCACUGAUCAGGUGAUUGUUCAACGUUGCCUUUCAGCCAAGAAUCUCUCUCAUGUGAAAGCAGGUUGCAUUUUAUGUGCCUAUCUGAAGCUGUUGCCCAUGUUUCUCAUGGUCUUUCCUGGGAUGAUAAGCAGGAUCCUCUAUCCAGAUGUGGUGGCAUGUGUGGACCCAGACGAAUGUCAAAAAUACUGUGGCUCUAGUGUGGCAUGCACAAACAUUGCUUAUCCCAAAUUGGUUGUGGAAAUUAUGCCAAAUGGCCUGAGGGGUUUGAUGCUGUCAGUGAUGCUGGCCUCUCUAAUGAGCUCCCUCACUUCAAUAUUUAACAGUGCUAGUACUCUCUUCACCAUGGACAUUUAUACUAAGGUCCGUCCUCGUGCCAAAGAGAGGGAACUGAUGAUUGCUGGCAGGGUGUUUAUUGUGUUCCUCAUUGGUGUGAGCAUAGCCUGGAUCCCAGUGGUGCAGUCAGCCCAGAGUGGUCAGCUCUUUGACUACAUCCAGUCAAUCAUCAGCUAUCUCGCUCCACCUAUUUCUGCUGUCUUCCUUCUCGCCAUCUUUUGCAAGCGGGUCAACGAAGCUGGUGCCUUUUAUGGACUCAUCGCUGGUCUGAUUGUGGGUCUGACCAGGAUGAUAGCUGAGUUUGCCUAUGGGACUGGGAACUGUGUUAGCCCUAGCGAUUGUCCUACUGUCAUAUGUGGCGUGCACUACCUGUACUUUGGGCUUAUCCUGUUUACUAUCACCUGCAUCGUCAUAAUUGGAGUCUCUCUCAUAACCAAACCCAUCGACGAUAAGCAUUUGCAUAGACUGUGUUGGAGUCUGAGGGACAGUACUGAGGAGAGAGUUGACCUUGAACAAGAUGACUGGGUUAAUUAUGAGGAGGAUGAAAAGAAGAUGGAAGAACCUGAGGAGGAACCAGGAUUCUGCAAGAAAGCAAUAAUGUGCUUCUGUGGAUUGGAGAAGACAAAAGGACCAAAAAUGACUAAAGAGGAGGAGGCAGAGAUGAAGAGGAAGCUGACGGAUACAACAGAAGAACCUCUCUGGAGGAACGUUGUUAAUGCAAAUGCUAUCAUUCUCCUGGCUGUGGCUGUGUUCUUCCAUGGAUACUUUGGUUAGAGAAGCUCAGCAUUAAAUACUCCUAAAUAUACUAUAUUUUUAGUAACAGUGGAAACCAUAAUAUAAAGUAUGACCAAAAUAACUCUCU